UGUUGUUAACAAGGAAGUGGAUGUUUUAGAGGAAGCCAGCGUAAGCUGCCCUUUUGUUUUGUUUUCUCUUUGUUUUUAUGUACCACUUUCAGGCCUGUUUUUAUUAGUAUAGUACAAUAAUUGCUUCGAUAGGUCGUAGUUUAUUUAGUCUAUUUAUACGAAGUUUAUUUUUUCCAGUUAACGUUGUCGUUAUUUGGUGUUAACUGCGGGUUAGCCGGUUAAGCUAACGACAGAGCUAACAGGCCUGAAGGCCGUCUGUCCAUUGUGUUCCCGUCUGUAUUUAACUCAUCCUGAGUUUAUAAGUGGACAUUUUUCUGCCUGGACGUCUGCUGGAAACAUCGAGGACAACAAUAAUCUAAACUUCAACACGGCUGUCAUCAGGUCCUCUCUUCUUGAACGUCAGCUUCACCGACUCCCAGGUUAUAUUGCUCUGAUCUGAUUACCGAACCUUCGUCUAAAACGAACUGACCAACAAGAGCUUGGAUGAGCAUGUACGCCCCGCCGGGUGCUGCUGUCCCUGGAGGCCGGAGGAGGAGAGGGAACACCUCUCUACCCAAGCAGCCGGAGCGGAGCCUGGUGUCGGCCCUGCCCGGGGCUCUGUCCAUCACCGCGUUGUGCACGGCGCUGGCUGAGCCCGCCUGGCUCCGGGUCCAUGGAGGCACCUGUCCCAGACAAGAGCUGGGGGUGGCAGAUGUCCUGGGCUACAUCGAUCCCAAACUUCUAGAUGAUUACUGUGUGAAUUCUCAGACCAUACUGCUGCUGAGGGUAAUCGCUGCUUUCUGCUUCCUCGGCAUCCUGUGCAGUCUGACUGCUUUCCUCCUGGAUGUGUUUGGACCCAAGCAUCCUGCCCUGAAGAUCACACGCAGAUAUGCAUUUGCACACAUCCUCACAGUGCUGCAGUGUGCCACAGUCAUAGGUUUUUGCUACUGGGCCUCGGAGCUCAUCUUAUCCCUGCAGCAGCAACACAAAAUGCACCACGGCUCCCUCGUGUACGUCACUUUUGCCAUCAGCUUCUACCUUGUGGCGGGCGCGGGCGGAGCUUCGAUCCUCGCCACAGCUGCAAACCUCCUGCGCCACUACCCCACGGAGGAGGAGGAGCAGGCGUUGGAGCUACUCUCAGAGAUGGAGGACAGCAGUGAGACUUUUCCUGCUGAUUAUGACAUUGCCAAUCAGUUUCAACCUCCGCCCGCCUACACACCCUAAAGCCACCAGGCCGGCCUUGCUAACACAUUUCUGUCUCUCAGCACAGCUUUUAGCCUGAUGAGUAAAAUCCCCACUCUAUCAAACGGAUACUUUUGCAAAUACUGUCCGCAGUGGAAGCGGCGUGUGCGUGGUUGGCGCACAGAAUUCCUUGAAUGACAGUGCUUGGGUGCAUGAAAGCUUUCUUAAGUGGUGACAGAAAAUUAGGAGGUAAUUCUUACUUUCACCGCUGAAGUGGUUAGCGAUUUGCAUGUAAAUGGCUUUUAGGAUUCGGACCUUACAUGUAAAGAAAACUAAAGAACGAAGAGUGCGCAGCACGGCUCGUCACCUGUAGUUGAUGAAAUCGGCCACAGUCGGGUCGACUGUUGAAUCCAGACUGUUGGCGCGUUGUCAGCGGCCGUGUUGCUCUUGAUUGGACGUGGAUGGAGCUUUUGUUUAAAGCAGCGUUUGAAUUUAAUUUGAUGUGCUUGCCAUGUGUAUGAUUUUAUUUUACUGAUACAUUAUAGAUGCAAAAAUACACUGACAAGAUUGUUUUUUUUUUUUUAUUUUAUAUAAAAUACUAAAUGGACCUUAUUUAUUGUCUGUACUGUCUUUUUUUGUUUGUUUUUCUUUUGCUUUCUGCGCAUUUGUCACUGGUAUAGUCUUCUUUGUUCACUUCUGUACUUGAAAUCGUCAAAAAUGUGAGACAGAUCUUUGUGGUGUUGCGAGUGUUUAGUGUUCAGACUCGGUGGUCACAGAGGAACGGAGACCGGCAUUUUACAGUGAAUGGCGGGGGGGGGGGGGCAUUUGGAAUCAGAAACCUCCACCAUAAGGUGGUGUCACAUUGUAUUUGAGCUUUAUUUUUAAAGAAAGAAACCUUAUUUGUGAUUACAGUUUGGGUAUGUGUUUCUCAUGCAUGAGUUCUUUUCGUGUUCGGAUUUUAGAACUUUCUGUCGGUCUCAUGGCCCUCGCUGCCGCCGCUGAGGUCUGAAACCGUGACUGACGUGAUUCUAGGUGGAUGUAAAUUGUUUUCUUGAUGCCAUUUUCUGCAUUUUGUUCCCCCCAAAAUUUUCACUAUACUUUCAUCACCAGUAUGUAAAUAUUGAUUGUUUAUACAUUAAAAAAAAAAUGAUGGUC